GGCCCAAAUAAUCAAAAUUUUGUGUGACUGAGGACGGGGGAGCCGGAGGUCAGUGGUGGGCGCACGCGCCAACGUUUGCCGUUUACCCUUUGACAUUCCCACAGGCCACAACAAAGUCUGUCCGUUGAGAAAGAUGAGUGAUGGGUUAGACUUGGUCCUCCCACUGGGGGAAGCAGCGGAGACCUUCCAACUGGAGAAGGCCGUGUGUAGCCAUGGGCUGUUCAUGAUGGCACCCAACCAGUGGGACCCUCUCUCCAAGACCCUUCUCCGCCCACUCCGUCUUCUCCACUCCCAACCCCAAACCUCAGUCCUUGUCCGCGUCUCCCAACCCCACUGGGACCCUCACUCUCUCCAUCUCCGCAUUUACGGCACCCACUCCCUCUCCACAACUCAUCGACAAUCACUGCUGGCCCAGGUUUCGCGAAUGCUGCGUCUGUCGGAAACCGAGGAGAGGGCUGCGAGAGAGUUCCGAAAGAUGUGCACCAAUGGAGCAGAGACGGAUGGGAGCUUUGGUGGCAUUGGCAGGGUGUUCAGGUCUCCUACGUUGUUCGAGGACAUGGUCAAGUGCAUUCUCCUCUGCAACUGCCAGUGGUCCAGAACCUUAAGCAUGGCGAGAGCACUUUGUGAGCUUCAGUUGGAACUGCAGAGUCGAUCGUCAUGCAUGUCCUCCACUGAAACUGGAGGAUCAGUUACUGAAGCUAGCAAUACCAACUCUAAGAGCCCAAAAACUGAGAAUGAGGACUUUGUUCCGAAGACACCUGUAGGAAAAGAGACAAAGACAAAGCUCAAGGCAUCCAAAGUUUCCACAAAUUUGACAAAGCUUGCGGAGACCGAAGCGGAGUUGGGAGCAAAUGCUUAUUUCAGGACAGACUCUGUCCAAACUAAAGCUGAGAACUUGAGCUCAAAUGUCCUUCCAACUAAUGUAGAAGAUGAUUCAUGUCAAAACUGCAAAAGUUGUCAGGCUACUGGAGAACUAUACAAGACUGACUCAUGUUUGCUCACUGUGCUUCAGUGUUUUGAAGGGCAAGAAUCUGAUGCCUAUGGUAUGGUAGGAAAUUUUCCUAGCCCAAGAGAACUAGCAAACCUUGAUGAAAGUUUGCUGAGAACACGCUGCAAUCUCGGCUACAGAGCAAGCCGCAUAUUGAAACUUGCUCAGGGUAUUGUUGAAGGCAGAAUUCAACUAACACAACUUGAAGAAGCCUGUAAAGGAGCAAGCUUAUCCAGCUACAAUAUGUUGGAUGACCAGUUGAAGGGAAUUGAUGGAUUUGGUCCUUUUACAUGUGCCAAUGUGCUUAUGUGCAUGGGAUUUUACCACGUCAUUCCAACUGAUUCUGAAACUAUCAGGCAUUUAAGACAGGUCCAUGCAAGAAAAUCCAACUCUCAAACAGUGCAGAGAGAUGUUGAAUAUAUCUAUGGGAAGUAUGCACCAUUUCAGUUCUUGGCAUAUUGGUCUGAACUCUGGCACUUCUAUGAGAAAAGAUUUGGGAAGCUAAGCGAAAUGCCAUGCUCAGAUUAUCACCUAAUCACUGCCAGUAAUAUGAGAAUCGCAAGAGGUAAAAGCAAGAGGAAGAGAAUAUGACUCCAGAGAAAGCCUAGCAUUAGCUUGGAUGACAAAAAAGUGAGAGGCUAGUUUAGCUGCCCUGUUCUGUGAUUCACUUUUUAUUAUUUUUAGUGUUUCAGGCAUGCUGAAAAUUGCUUGAACUGCUUAACAAUUUUGAGGCUUUGUCUGCCAUUUGGAACACAAUUUGUGACAUCAUGCCCAUGCGAUGUAGUGUAAUAUGAAGUUUCCAUGUAAGUUGCUCA